AUGGAUCUUCGCGUCGACAUCGUCGAAACGAGGCUCUGCCUGGACCAUCGCAGGAGGCCACCAGGUAAGUUCCCCCUCAGGUAAGUGCAUUUGCUCUGUUUCUUCCUUUUGUCUGUUGAAGUUCCGUGUCGUACGCUGCGCUUGCUGCCUGCCCUCUAUAUGCUAGUCUGUCUGUUAACAGCUAAACGACACCCUCGAUGCCUGCUGCGAUUGUCUGUCCGUCAGUCUAUGCCACUCUCUACUAAUAGCUAGGUGUUACGGUGCGUGACUUUGUGUGGUGCCCUCACUUUGUCUCUGACUGAUGACUGUGUCCGCUUGUCCACUCUAGUUCUAAGUCCCAUAGCGUUAGGUAGUGUGUAUGCUCUCUCCUACUUCACUCCAUCACAUCAUCACCUCACCACCAAGGUCCCAGGCUAAUUCGGGUCGUUCUCUCACUAACAAAAAGUCGUGGUCCAUAGUGGAGUCCGGCAGCCGUCUGGAAUAACCGGGCAGCCCUGUUCAGGGAUGCAUUGCCUGCCCCCGCGAGGGGGAGGGGCUAGAAAAGGUGCCCUAAAGAUCGCUGGGAACCACGCUGUCUGUAGGCUGGCCGUGGCCGCAGACAAAAAACACACGGUCGAAACAGCCAAAACCGAAACAACAACAACAACAAUCACUCUCUUCCUCUUCCAGCCUAUUCUUCUUCUUCUUCUUCUCCUACUCCUACUUUUCGCCGCCGCAGUCGCCAGACUGGCAGGGUGAGCCCGCUCACUCUGGCAGCCUGGAAUGUUCCUUCCCUUUUAGACAACCAGAGGAGCAACCGACCGGAACGGAGGACGGCGCUAGUGGCACGAGAACUGGCGCGCUACAAGGUGGACAUCGCCGCACUCAGCGAGACCCGAUUCUCCGAACAAGGCCAACUGGAGGAGGUGGGUGCCGGCUACACCUUCUUCUGGAGUGGUCGACCCAGGACAGAGCGACGAGACGCGGGUGUCGCCUUUGCCAUCCGGACCGACACGGUGGGACGACUGCCCUGUCUACCGCAGGGAAUCAACGAUCGCCUGAUGAGCCUCCGCCUGCCUCUCUGGGGAGGCAAAUUCGCCACCAUCAUCAGCGCCUACGCUCCGCCGAUGAGCAGCCCCGACGCCGCCGCAAGAGACAAGUUCUACGAGGACCUGCACGCCCUCUUGGCGACUGUGUCGAAGGCGGACAAGUUGAUUGUCCUUGGUGACUUCAACGCCCGCGUCGGCACAGACCAUACUGCCUGGAGAGGAGUGCUGGGUCCCCACGGUCUCCGCGGCUCCAACGACAACGGCCUGCUGCUCCUCCGCACCUGCGCAGAACACCGCCUCAUCCUGACGAACACGUUCUUCUGUCUGCCGGAGCGAGAGAAGGCCACCUGGAAGCAUCCUCGGUCGCGUCAGUGGCACCUGCUGGACUAUGUUCUCGUCCGGAGGCGAGAUCAGCGGGACGUGCUGGUGACGAAGGCGAUCUCGGGUGCUGACGGGUGGACCGACCAUCGCCUCGUCAUUUCGAAGAUGCGUAUUCGCCUACAGCCUCGCAGAAGACCACAAGGUAAGCGACCCCCAGGUAAGCUACAUGUUGCUUUGUUGUCUUUGCCUGCUCACCGUCUCCAUUUCAGCAAUGAGCUAGCUCAACGGCUAGACAACCUUCCUAUCGCUGCCGCAGCAGACGCCCCCGAUGCCGAGAACGCCUCCCUGGAGAACCGCUGGUGUCAACUGCGAGACACGGUCCAGUCGACGGCGCUCGCCGUCCUCGGUCGCGCUCCCCGCCAACACCAGGACUGGUUCGACGACAACGACGCCGCCAUCAGAAAUCUGCUUGCUGAGAAGAACCGCCUACACAAAGCCUACGUAGAUCACCCCACUGAGGACAACAUAGCUGCCUUCUACCGCAGUCGCCGACAGCUUCAGCAACGACUGCGCGAAAUGCAGGACGCCUGGACUGCUCGCAAAGCUGAGGAGAUCUAA